GGCCGAGCGGCUACGUCUCUACGGGAAACACCAAACUACGCCUGCGCGCUUGGCCAGUUUCGUCCAAGUGUCACUCAACAAAUGUUUCUGCUGACAGUUUACUUUGAUUGUGAUUUUGAAUGUUUAUAUUUACUUAGAUUUAGAUAGUAAUAGUUUAUAUGUUUAUUUUUAUGAAUUUAGGCUUUUCCGUUCUUGUGUAUAGCAUAAUUUUCGGCACCGUACCCGUUGCCUACUAUGGAAUGCUGUGUGUGUAACAAAAUUUUUUCAUCUCCCAGAGGCCUACACAUUCAUCAAUCGCGAAUUCAUCAGGUUGGCUUCGGCACACGCGGUGGCUGCGAGGCGGCGGUCCAUGCCGUACGCACCUUCGUACAAAGCGACGCAUGUGAGGUACUUUUAAAAUUAGACGUACAGAACGCCUUUAAUUCAGUGAAUAGAGACACCCUGCUGAACGAAAUUAAAAUGACGGUUCCGGAAAUUUAUAACUUUUUACUACAGUGUUAUCACUGUCCAUCCAAAUUAAUGCACAAAAACAAUGAGAUACUUUCGGCAGUGGGUUGUCAGCAGGGUGAUCCCCUCGGUCCAGCCAUAUUUAGUUUGACAAUUAAUUCAAUAAUUCACAGUCUAAAUUCCAAAUUAAACGUGUGGUACCUUGACGAUGGGACUCUAGGUGGCGAUUCACAGACUGUCUUAGCAGAUUUAAUACAAAUUAAAAAUAAGUUUAAAGAUAUUGGGUUGGAAUUAAAUUUCAAUAAAUGUGAAUUAUAUAUUUCCGACAAUGUAGAUUCUUCUUCGGCAUCCCAAAUUAUUCAAAGUUUUAAUAACAUCGCGCCAUCCAUCAAAAAUAUAUCUAAAGACAGUCUACAUCUUCUCGGAGCACCCAUCUUCAAUGAAGCCAUCCCUCCCCUUCUGAGUAAAUCUAUUUCAAAAUUUAGUGACUAUUCGGACCGCCUUCUCAAAAUUAGCAGUCAUUCUGCACUGUUUAUUCUAAAAUUUUGUUUACUCAUUCCAAAAUUCACCUACCUGCUCCGCUGUUGUCCUAUCUGGAAAUACCCCCAUCUACUCCGACCUCUUGACCUACUUUUAAAAUCCCAAAUUGAAUCAAUUUUGAACAUCCGAUUUAGCGAGCAGGCAUGGACUCAAGCCACCUUACCGAUAAGGUAUGGUGGCUUGGGUACCCGUAAAAUUUCAAGUGUUGCUUUGCCAGCAUUCUUGGCCUCAAUUCAUAGCACCUCCGAUCUCGCAGGUAAUAUUCUCAAAGCCUCUCCGGCUACAAACUGCGAGAUCGCGUGCCUAGUUGAGGCGUCGAAUGCUUGGCUAGCUGGACCGAGUCAAAAUUUUCCGUCUCGACCGAAGAUACAAAGGGCCUGGGAUAACAUAGCUUCAGUCUCUACUCUAAACUCACUUCUGGACACCGCGAUAGGCAGGGAUCGAGCGAGGCUUCUGGCUUCAUCUAGGCCAGAGUCGGGUCAGUGGCUACACGCGUACCCCUCGCCUAACACCGGCACCUUUAUAGACCCAGGGACGCUACGCAUAGCCGCUGGUCUCCGGCUAGGUGUUGCUGUCUGCGCCGACCACAACUGCGCUUCAUGUGGAUCUGAAGUGGAUAGCCUCGGUCACCACGGGCUCGCCUGCUCUUCGGGUGCCGGCCGCCUGUCUCGCCAUUCCGCCCUCAAUGACAUCCUGAGAAGGGCGCUCGUCAGUGCCGGCGUUCCCGCCGCCCUGGAGCCCCAAAUAGUGCGGAACGACGGUAAGCGCCCUGACGGGAUGUCAUUGAUUCCCUGGAAGAUGGGUCGUGCGUUGGUAUGGGACGCCACUUGCGCUGACACGGUAGCGGCGUCCUACGUCCCAUCGACCAGCAGGCGUGCUGGCGCGGCGGCGGACACUCGGGAGCGUCAAAAGGUAGCUAAAUACAGCUGUCUCGGCGCUCAAUACGAAUUCGUCGCAUUUGGCGUCGAGACGCUUGAGAACCAGUAUUUUGCGCCCUGA